AUGUCGUCGACCUCUCCCUCAAAGGAACCGGAGGUGGACCCGGAAGCGCAGUCAAAUGAAGAGGAAAUGGAUAAGGAUCCAGAUCAAGUGCAUGGUCAAGAGUUCGAGGUGAAGGAGCAGGACCGAUGGCUCCCGAUUGCAAAUGUUGCGCGCAUUAUGAAAACGGCUCUGCCUGAAAAUGCAAAAAUCGCAAAAGAGGCCAAGGAAUGCAUGCAAGAAUGCGUGAGUGAAUUUAUCUCGUUUAUCACCAGUGAAGCCUCCGAAAAAUGCCAGCAGGAGAAGCGCAAGACCGUCAACGGCGAGGAUAUUCUGUUCGCUAUGACGUCGCUCGGGUUCGAGAACUAUGCUGAGGCUCUCAAAAUCUAUCUUUCCAAGUAUCGCGAGACUCAGUCCGCAAGAGGAGAGAACCAGGGCCGGCCACCGAGCAGUUACAGUGCGGCCGGACGUCCUGGUACCGCCGCCUCGGGAGGCUUCCCCGAUGCUGCCAACAAUGCCAGCAUUCUGAACCCAGCCCUCGAUCCAUCUGAGCAGGAUACUGCUGCCUAUGGAUACCCACCCAUGCCUCACAACGGAGCCGGUGGAGAGUCUUACUAG